AUGGCAAUUUAAGUAAAUACAAUAAGAUGGGUGAAUAUCAUUUAAGCUUACAAAAAUAAACAAAAGAGUAACACAAUUUAAGGAUUGUAUUUCUUUAUGAUAGCUUACGUUUCGAUUGUCCUCAUACUAAAGAUUUCAUAUUCAAUGACCGCUGAGAGCUCAUACUCAUUAGUCUAAUAAAUUCUAGACAAGUACGUUCAAGGCUUUCAAGCAACAUUUUGCAUGAUCGUUUUGAGCACUUACAUAUACAUCCAUUACUUCUUCAGGAAGUAUUACGAUGAUUUGAUCGAGCGAACAAAGAAUCAUUCAACAGUAGAAGAUGUGUAGAGUUUUAAGAGAAACAAGAAAUAAAUUUGUAGAUUUUUUGAGAUCUUAAUUUUUGCCAUUGUAAUUAAGAUCAUUCCUGAGAUUGUAUUCCUCAUUCAGCUGAAUUCUGAUUCAGAAUUUUUCUUCGCUAAUUAUUAGCUCUAUUUAGAGAUAAUGAAUACUGUAAUUGGAUUAUCUGAAUUACUAAUGAUGCUAAUAUUAGCUCAAUCAAUCAAAUGGUCUAUGAUUACAUAUGAUAAAUUCCUAAAAAUUUAGUAGAAUAAGGAUUAAAAUGUACUAGAUAAUCAGUUCUCCUCAUCAUUACUAAUACCUGAGGAUAUGGACUGCAAUCUUUAAGUAGUUUUCUAAGAAUAUAAAUCAUAUGAGCUACAGACUACCUCAUCUGAAGUGCGGAUAAAUUUCUCUGAUGAAUCUACUUAAAACUCAUUAAUGAAAUGCUUAAAAUGA